CAGCGGCGGGUUCGGCUCCCGCUCCCGCUCCGCCCCGCUUCUCCCCCCCUCCCGCCCCGCCGGCUCCGCCCCGGAGGCCGGCACGCUGGCUCGCUCCCUGCCUGGGAACAUGGCCGAAGUCGGGGAGGACAGCAGCGGGGCGCGGGCUCUGCUGGCGCUGCGCUCGGCGCCCUGCAGCCCCGCCGCGGCGCCCCCUCCCGGGCCGCCGCCCCCGGCCGCGCCGCCCGCCGCCGCCGCCGCCGGCCCGGUGCUGGCGAGGCUGCAGGGCCGCGAGUUCGAGUUCCUCAUGCGGCAGCCGGCCGUCACCAUAGGCCGCAACUCCUCGCAGGGCUCGGUGGACGUCAACAUGGGGCACUCCAGCUUCAUCUCCCGGCGGCACCUGCAGCUCAGCUUCCAGGAGCCGCACUUCUACCUGCGCUGCCUCGGCAAGAACGGCGUCUUCGUGGACGGCGCCUUCCAGCGCCGCGGCGGCCCGGCCCUACAGCUGCCGCCGCAAUGUACUUUCCGAUUCCCUAGCACGGUUAUAAAGAUCCAGUUCACAUCUUUAUACCAUAAAGAGGAAGCAAAAGAGGAAGCCUCAUCGCCUCCCCUUCGGCCACUUUACCCUCAAAUAUCGCCUCUGAAGAUUCACAUCCCGGAGCCGGAUCUCCGGAGUGUGGUCAGUCCCCUCCCAUCCCCCACAGGCACUAUCAGUGUUCCCAACUCUUGCCCAGCCAGUCCACGUGGUGCUGGAUCCUCAGGAUAUCGUUUUGUUCACAACAUUACCUCGGAUCUGCAGCUGGCAGCAGAGUAUGCCGCAAAAGCAGCAUCAGAACAGCAGGCAGAUGCAUCUGGCGGGGACAGCCCAAAGGAUGAGUCCAAGCCACCCUAUUCUUAUGCUCAGCUAAUUGUGCAGGCUAUAUCUUCAGCACAGGAUAGGCAAUUAACACUAAGUGGGAUCUAUGCCCACAUUACCAAGCAUUAUCCAUAUUACAGGACUGCUGACAAAGGCUGGCAGAAUUCCAUUCGGCACAACCUCUCUUUGAACCGUUACUUUAUUAAAGUCCCACGCUCCCAGGAGGAGCCUGGAAAAGGCUCCUUUUGGCGAAUUGACCCUGCCUCUGAAGGCAAACUAGUAGAGCAAGCAUUCAGAAAACGAAGGCAAAGAGGAGUGUCCUGCUUCCGAACACCUUUUGGGCCUCUCUCCUCCAGGAGUGCUCCUGCCUCCCCUACUCACCCUGGCCUGCUGUCCCCUCACUCUAGUGGCCUACAGACUCCAGAGUGCCUGUCACGGGAGGGCUCACCCAUUCCACAUGAUCACGACUUUGGGUCAAAGUUAGCCUCAGUUCCAGAGUAUCGGUAUUCACAGAGUGCACCUGGAUCUCCAGUCAGUGCCCAGCCAGUGAUAAUGGCUGUUCCUCCCCGACCAUCUACUCUGGUGGCAAAACCAGUCGCAUAUAUGCCAGCAUCAAUAGUGACUUCUCAACAGCCUUCAUGCCAUGCAAUUCACGUAGUUCAACAAGCUCCCACUGUUACAAUGGUCCGAGUUGUGACCUCCUCUGCAAACUCUGCAAAUGGAUACAUCCUCACAAAUCAGGGCACAGCAGGAGGAGCUCAUGAAGCUGCAGGAGCAGUGUUGGACUUAGCUGGUGACCACCGAGCAGGCAUGGAUGAAAAGCCAACGAUUGCAUUUGCCACAAUACCUACAGCCAGCCGUGUUAUUCAGACAGUCGCCAGUCAAAUGGCACAGGGUGUUCCAGGACAGACAGUCACGAUCCUUCAGCAGGCAGCUCCAGUGACCAUUGGACAGCAUCAGCUCCCUGUGCGGGCAGUCACUCAGAACGGGAAGCAUGCCAUCCCCACCAACAGCAUCACUGGCAGCGCUUAUGCUCUUACAAAUCCAUUGCAGCUUCUUGCAGCCCAGGCCAGCUCAUCCACUCCUGUUGUAGUCAGCCGGGUAUGUGAGACAGGGACCGAAGAGACAGCAGCAGCCUCUUCCAAUGAGCCUGAAGUCAAAAGACCCCGGAUAGAAGAGUCCAGCGGAGCAGUCCCAGCCCAAACUGGAGUCAUCACGUCUACAAUGCCACAAGGACAGGCAACCAGUGAAUGAAGAACCGGUGGGAGGAGCUGGAGUGAUGCGGGGUGGGCAUGGGAUGGCAGGAGCCCUAAAGCAGCUUUCAAAGAAAACAAAUCACAACUGUAACAGCUCAAAACAUAGCAGAUAAAGAGCUCUUUUUAAAGUCAGAUUUUUAAAUGGGAGGACAACAGCUGUUAGAAUCACAAGGUGCCAAAAAGAAUGGAAAACCCCUCCCAAGAACCCAUAUCUGGAAGUCUGUUCUGUCUUUACCUAUGGGAUAUUUUUUCCUUUUUGUUUUUUUUUAAAAAGAUUCAAAAAAAAUACAGACAACUGAUUGUAUGACUGCUGGGAUAUUUUUAACUGUCUUUUCCCCUUUUGGCUCCAAGGGGAUGGAAUUUGCAGUUCAGCAUCUAAAGGAAUGUAACACAAAUACAGUCUGCUCCCUGGAAAGAAAACUCCUCAUUUUCUAUGCCUUAAUACUGUGCUUCUCAGAGCUUUGAACCAUAGGACCAUUUUUAAAAGGCCACCUAAGGCAAUCAGAUGCUGAAAGAUGGGUGCAGUAUCUCACAACAACAUUAAAGAAACAUGGUACCAAGCUUAAAGAAAAAGGCAAAUGAUUUUGUUUUUUAGAACAGAAAAAUUCUGAAUAUGAACGAAUGUUUAUUUAUGUGGGGAUUCAGGAGGAAGAGUUACAGGGCUCAGCCACCUGGAUUUCCAGAUGCAAUUUCUCUCCGUUCCCUCUGAGGGAGAAUAAGAUGACAGAGGAACUGUAUUAAUUUGGUUCCUGUAAAGAUAUUAAAAACAAAGGGUUUUGUACCUUCAAUGAUUUCUUACAAUUAUUCAUCACUUGCUCUGGACAACAGCCAAAGUACCUUGAUGACUGAGGAUCACAUGGGGAAGGGUGUCUCCAAAAGGUUCUGUGUGCAUUUGAUCACAUCCUGUGCUGGAGCACCAGGUUUUGUUCAAAAUAGCACUGUAGGCGAAGACAUUGCCACUGUCUCUGAACUUGAGAAAAUACUGGUUGGUCUUCUGCACUAAAACAGUCUGCUUUCACCUCCUGCUGGUAGCAUGGUCCUCAGCUAGAUGGAUGAUGGUCAGGAGGCCAGGGCUGGGUAGGAGUCUGUCACUGACCCUCUGCCAUGGCUAACAGCAAAGCUCCUGCAUUAUUCUUCUGAGAGGGAAGUUGAGAGCUGGGGUGAGAGGCAGCAGAGUUCAUACAGUGUUUAUUACAAAUUCUGUAAGGGUGUAAGAGACCAAGGCAAAAGAGGCCUAUUGUUUUCCAUGUGGCAGAAAUCACUGGAUGUCUUAAACAGGUUUUUCCAAAAGGAAUUUGGAGGUUUCCUUUCAUUGCCUGGCUCCCUCUCCCAUCUCUCCUCCCUUGAGGACCAUUUGGGUUGGCCAGUAGGAGGAGGCUUUUACUCAAACUGUAUUCCAUGCUCUCUUCGUGUAGUACAAGUACGUCUUACAAGUAAAGCAGACUUGAGUCACUUCAGCCAUGUGGAACAGUGGGUGCAUGUGAUGCCCUGUGACUGGCAAAGAAAUCAACCCCUGCGUAGCCUCCAACUAACCCCUUUGGUUUUAUGCCUGUUUGCAAUCCCCUUGGCUAAUGUGUCUUCUGGCAGCACAGCAGAGAUCUUAUAAAUUAGAAAAUGGCUUUGGUAAUGGCAAAAGAGACUUAAGAGGGAUGGGAUAUGCCUUUGGUAGGUUAUCCCCCUAUCUGUACUGAUUUAUUGUCAUGUUGCUGUCUCGUACAGUCUGACAAUGCUAUUGCAGAGCAGAGAGGCAAGCCCACUGCAUAAACAUGUUGCAAAAAGAUUUCCCCAGUGUGCAGUAAAUGAUACUGUCAGUAUGUCCACGGGGAUUAGGGGGCAAGACACAACCGUUCAAUGUCUGCUGGAAUCUGGGGAGGGGGAGGAAAUCCGCAAGGUAACAGCUGGCAUCAUUUGUUCCCUUCUAGGUUUCCUUUCUCUUUGCCAAAUCCUAUUCAAUAGCCAAGUCCCACCGCUUGAACAAAACCCAGCCAUGUUUUAUUCUCAAGCCAAUUGUUUUGUGAGAAAUACUUCUGAAAGAAGGAAAGAAUUUCUUGGUCUCGUGAUCUGCAGUUACUUUCUGCAGUUAGAGACACACAAAAUAUUCAGGACAGUUCAUUUAUCUACAGCUAGGCUUUCAUAAUUUGGGUGUGUGCCUUUAGUGACAAGUUUUUAGUACUUUGAAAUGAUUUUGUGAAGGAGGAUUGUUACAGGCCACAAAGUAAUUGAAGCAGGCCGGCCUCCAGCUGUCACUUUUCCUGCUAGGAAGGCUAGGUGUGGCAUAGCGGAAAAGCACACAGAUUAGCUCUGUUUUCUGUAGCCUUUUCAAAGCCAGAAAUCAAUGUAAUGGACUUCAAGGAAGAACGCACAAGUGAGAGUGCAGCAUAGUUUAUCUGUGAUUAAUCAUUACUUUCAGAUGACUGCUGGUUUAGAUACAGGCAUGCCUCAAACAGCCCUGAGGCUAGGGAGCUUUCCUGAAGCGGAGGAGCCUUUAGGUUUCCAGUACUUUGGGUGAGUCAGCGCAAGAUGAGCGACCAACAGAAUACUGUUCAGGAUGUAAGGCUGCCAAAGUUUCGUGGAUUUUUCUUUACUGCUUCUUUUCUCUUGGAAAGUCUAAACAGCUAGGCCCUAAGCUUCUGUAAACUAGUCCAGCACCAUAGAAAUACAUCAGCUGAAUGACAGUGUUUUCAUACACCAGGUGCUGCUUUCUAGAUACCUCUUGAAAGUCCUUCCUCAGGUUGCAGGUAUAGAUCUGCCUUGUAUGUAUUUGGAACAGAAUAACACUUUCUCACUCUUCUGUUUGUGGCUUACAAUGCCUGCUGGUUAAAAUGUGAGUUGAGGACAAGCAAAUAUCUUUGAUCUGUUCACCCAUUCUGCUUGAAGUGUCUGGAGCUUGUCAGUUCAUCCUAUCAGAGGAUUUUUGCUUUGUCUGCUGCAUCUCCCUUGCUACUGUAGGAAGCAGCCAUGCCACUUGAAAUUUUUUUUUUUGUAGGUUUGCCUAUGUGUUGCCUAUAUUGUUGCCUGAUACAAGGUAAAAUAACAGUCCUUACUAAAUCCCGUUGAGAGCUGUGGAAAAAAUGUAGUCCUCAUCUGGAACACAUGAGAUGGUGACAUCUUGUUUCAGGCCUCCAGAUUAAUUCUUUCAACACACUGCUCUGUCUGGAAGACAGCACCACUCUUUACAUAUCAUUCCUGAUUCCCCAGGCUUUCAGUUUUGAGCAUUGCAGAGGAAUGAAAAUUAACGUGAGGGUAGAAUUAAGUCUUCAACUAUAAAGAAAAUGUUUACCUUAAUGGUUAUACGCAGUACUCGGAUUAUUUUAAGUUAAUAGUCUAACUUGUUUUUAUUGUGUAAAAAGUUGCAUCUCAUGUCCUCAAUUAAUUAUAUUAACUGAGGGAGGUUUGAGGGGAAGAGGAGUAGGAGGCUUCACUGCAUCUUCUGCUGUCUGUAUAACAAAGGUCAAGGCAUGUUGAAUAUUUAACCUGCUAUAACUUAGACUUUAAAACCGAGUUGUUAAUGUGUGAAUUCACUUUUCACCAUUCCCUAUUGUUCUUUGGGUUUUUUUUUUUUUUACCUUGGGCAAUGACAAAGACUAACUUUACUUUGAUUGUGGUCAGUUUAUAGCAAUUUUUGCCUCCAUUUGUAAAAGCUGAAUGCAGUUGUUCUUGGUUCUAUUGCACUGGAAUUCCUUAGUUAUUGUUUUGUCUUGACCUUGGCUCUUGUGAUACAGGAAGCUUUUUACAGUGAGAUCAAUUUAAUCUGACUUAGUGAUAACACAACGCAGUGCUGAGCACAAAAUUGAAGUUCAUGAUUAGCUCAUAUAUUCUUUUCAACUCCUUUUUCUUCCCAUAUUCCUCCCUCCCCCAUACCAUUAACACUGUCCCCUGUAGCAUAUCUAGUCAUUUUUAUCCACUGGCAGGAACAGCACCUUGCGUUAAGCUCUGCCCAAGGACUCAAGGAUGAAAAUACCUGUGGGAUACAUGGUGUUCCAGAGCAGGUUGAGAGGUCAAUUUGGUCACCCUGUAUUUAAUUUUCAUGCUGUGUUUUAGACAUGUUACUCUUGGGCACAGCUUGUUCAGGAGUGUGUUUUCAGAGACAUGUUAAAGCUUCGUAAGAGGUAAGAAAUAGUUAAAUAACAGCUGAAGCCUUUACAGUGCUUUUGCAAUCAAUGUCACAGUCUGGCUUCAGGUUUUGGGGGAGUAAACUUGGUUUGCAUGUUUUAGACAUCUGUCUUGUGUACUGACUUAGAACUGUCAUUCAGAGUUAACUUCUGCAUUUUUUCCCCUUUUUCAGUAGGGACAUGCCAGCAGUAAAAUAAAAAUUGAAGCACAGAAGGUUAGGGACCUAUAUCUAAGCAAGUGAGAGCAUCUGACCUGAACUUUCAUACAGUGUGGUGUGGGACACUUUUCACUGACCACUGGGGAUGUUAAAUUGGUGUUGGAACUUUUCAUCUCUGACAAGGGGGUUUCCCAGUGAGGUAUUUGGUAUCACUCUGAUGCAUGCUAGCAUGUAAAUGAAUGUCAGAAUGUAGGGUGAAAGGAGAAACAUUUUUCUGCUUUACCUAGGUUUGGGGAUCUUGGAUGACAAGGAUUUAAUCUAGCAAUAGUUCUGUACCUUUCCAUAGAGGAUCAAAUGCUGUUUCUUCAAGCUUAUUGCAUCUAAGGAUUAAAUUCCAACUGGUUGGUUGUUCCAUCCUUGCUUCUGACGUUUAAACUAUGACUUAUAAAUUAUAGUUUAUGACUGUGAUAAACAGAGAUCACAUAGAACUGCAGUAUUAGGGAAGAUCAAAUGUCUUUUUGUUGUCUCUGCCUUUGGCCACUUGUAGCUGUGUAGAAAUAUAGAAUAACUUGGGUUUGGUAGAAACCUUUGGAGGUCUCUGCUAUAAGCUCCUGUUGAGAGCAGGUCCAGCUAGAUCACGUUGCUGUGACAUUGUCCAGCUGAGGUUUGAAUGUCUCCAGAGGUAGAGGUUCCAUGACUCUGGUCCCUGUUCUACUCUGACCACCCAUGAGGUGUAAACUUUUUCUCGGCUAUCUGAGAAGAAUUUCCCGUGCAGCAGCAUGUGUUCUUUGUCUCUUGUCCUAUCACAUUGCACCUCUGAGAAGAGCCUAGCUCUGCCUUCUCUGCAUCUUCCAAAUAGGUAUUUGAAGACACCAGUAAGAUUUUCCCCAUUUGCUUCCUUUUCUUAAGGCUGAACCAACCUGGUUGUCUCCGUCUCUCUUACAUCACGUGCUCAAGCCCCCGGGGCAUCAGGUUGAAUAGCUGCAGAAGGUCCCUGUCUGUCUUGUACUGGGGAGCCCAAAACUGGGCACAGUACUGCAGAUCUGAUCUGAGAAAUGCUAGGUGGAAUGGAAGAAGAAUCACUUGCCUCGGCCUGCUAGCUACACUUUUGCGAGUACAGCCCAGUACCUCUUUCGUCUGUUGCUGGAAGACAAGUGUAAGAAACAAGAGUUGCAGAGUGAACUGGAAAUAUUCUGGAUUGCAUUUGUACAUAUGCAACCAUCUUGUCCCUCUCUUCCAAGGAAGAGUGCCAGCUUGGGUCUUGGAGCUUUUUGAACAGGAGGCAGCACUGAAGGAUCCUGAUGACUUUUAAAAAUAUCUGUGCUUUACCUUAUCAAAUGGUAGUUUCAAUCCAAUGUGGAACUUGCCUUGAGUUUCUACCCUGAUGCAAAAUCUUCCAGGUUUUUCAGUUCUGCUGCUAAUAAGAUGGACUAGGGCAUUAAGAAUGAACCUCUAAAGGAACAUGAACCUCUAAAGGAACAUGAGUGGCUUCAUAAUUUUGCCUUUGCUGCACACUGAGCUUUUGAGUUUGCAGAUGCCAUCCUGCAGCAAAUGAUUUGUCUUCCCUUGCCAGCUGGUCUCUCGGGCAGCUCCUGUUUCUGCUCCCCAUCACAGUUUUUCCCCUCUAUUUGUAGUUGUUUCUGUCAACUCCAGAGUCCUUUAAUCCAGCUCCUAAUUUAAUGCCAUUGCUUGAAGGUCUGCAUCUGGUGAAAAUCCGUGUAUUAGGUCGCAAUUAUACAACAGAUUGUUCAGUCAUGUAACUCUUCUGUUUCCUUCUGGGUGAAAAAUUAUGCCAAAGCUGCUACUACUAUAGCAUACACUACUGUUGUAAAGUGUAGCUUACAAUGGAGCCAGCUGUGCUGCAGAAAACAGUUACACUACAAGGUCAUCUGGAUUGCUGGAACUGAUGGGAUUGGGAAGUGAUACCUCCUUGCAUUUUGAUCUGCACCUGAUAAAAAUGUAGCUGUGACUUCAUGCUGGAGCCCCUCUCUCUGGCUGCCUAGCGGCUGUUUGGCUGUGAUGAGUUAGAUCAGCAUCUCUCUCUGCUAGGUGGGUUAUUUACAGGACAAUGCCUGUGUUUGUGUACACGUGUGUGGAUAUAUGCAUAUAUAAUAAUCAGCAGUGGAAAAUACCUAGCUGUGAUGGUGGGCUUUCUCUGUUAGGAUGUCUUUCAUGGGGCAGUAAUACAGCAGUGAGCAUUUUACUUUGGCCUGAGCAAGACAUGUUGAAAAAUACUUGGUUUUGUUGGAGCACUAUAUUUAAAUUCCAAAUUUUUAAUCAACUUUUAACCUUUGUAUUUAUAUGUUCAGAAAAUUCUUUUGAUACCUUUUCAAUUUACCAACACUGAAUUAAAAUCCUUCAGAAUGUAUGGCUGGUCCUCUCCUUACGUGUCACUUUAAUUUUCAGAGCCUGAGGGUAGUUGUGCCAAGUCUACCCCUUCGCUCUCAAGAUAGAAAAAAAACAUUGACAAUUCAUGGGUGGCAGCUAAGGAAGAAACCCUUUAAAUAUUUUUUUCAGAGAAUAUUAAAUUAGAUCUGUGUAAACAUAAAAUUUAUAUUUAUUAAUGUGUGUGUGGGUGAGUGUGUGUGUCAAUAUAGAUAUAUAAAUGGUCCAUGACUAUUUCUUUCCCUUAAAUGGUACUUUACACAGACUUUUAUACAGUAUGUUGGUAAAUUCCUGCACCAGGCACUGAUUCUAAAAGAAUGAUGUACCUAUUUUUGUAACAAAUGUGAGCAGCCAGUAGAAGCAGCUUUACUUCAGUGAUUGCUUUCAUUCCUCUCGCAGAGCAGAAGAGAUGACUUGGUACUUGCAUCUUCCUUGUGUAGGAGCCUUGCUUCUGGCUUUGUCAUGCUUUUAGCAACCCCAGUCCUUGCUGCUCUUUUGGCAAAAAAAAAAAUCCCCCAAAUGGCACUAAUGAAAGCUGGACUCCUUUCUUGUCUCGAAUUAUCUCUAGAUGCGGUAUUGGGGAGUUCUUUACAGAUUCUGCUCUGUAAGUAAUGGGACCUUAUUUCUAACGGUGGAAAUUAAUGGGAGGGUCCAUGAGGGUUCUGUAAGGUUGAGGAAUUCCUCCCUGUCUGUUUGUCAGGUGGCUAAGCUAACACUGAGGCACUAUGAAGUAGUUUCUCUUGCUCUGUGGUGAGAUUAUUCUCCUUUUAUGAUGCUUCUAAUUUUUCAUGGGACGUGAGGUGUGUGUGUAUAUCCCCUUAAAAACAAAUGCAUGAGAGUUUUUCUAGUGUUCCCAUUCACAGGGAGUAAAUUUUACCUAACUGGCCAAAUUUCAGUCAUAGUUUAACUCCACAAGGAUCACUAAAUUCACAGAAGUGUGUGUUUUGACCCACUUGGGCCUUUUGAGAAUUAUUCUUAGAAGCAGGUGAGAUACUUGGCUUACUAAUCCUAAUUGCUCUUCCAGAAAUAGAAAUUCCUUUCUCUGUAAGGACCUGAGUGAACGCUUCACCACAGUGCUUACUGUCUGGUGAUCGGGCUUUGAUACUUAAGGGAGGACAGGAUUGGUGGUAAGAAUAGUAACCAGAAUAGGAGCAGUGAAAGGAAACAGCUUUCCUCCUCAGCAGAAAACAGCCCAUGUGAAAACCAGACUUCCCCUAGUAUUGCGUUACUGCUUAGUGUCUACCACUGAGUUAAGCAAUGCACCUUUGCUGUGAUUUAGACCUUUCAGCCCUGCUUCUGCCCCACCUCGGUUUCACUUAAAGCAGUCUGAAACAGAGCCUUCCUUAAAGUGAACAGCAGCAUUGGGGAGAAAUGUCUGUUCGCUGAAGACAAAUGAGAUUUAAAUGGAGCAGAAAAAGCGAGAUUUCCUUCUGUUUCACUGCCUUGCUGCUAAAAGUCUGGUGCAGAACAUCCUAAUGUUCUGCUGAUUUAUAUGCCACUCUUUGGAGGUGGACGGGCUGCUAAGUAGGCAAGUUGGCUCUGUAGCAAAUUAAUUACUGUAAACCUAAACUGGCUUUAUCUCUCUCCACCACCACCACCACCACCCCCCGCCAAAUGGGCUUGAAGUAGAAGGAAUCAGAGUAUUGUUUGUAAGAUCUUUUUGCUUUAAUGGGAAAGAAAAUGGAGAAGGGGGGGGACCUCACAAAAAAAAAAAAAACUCAUUCAAAUAUACUGCUACAGAAAAUGGAAUGGCUUUAAAAUACAAAAAUCUUACAAGACUGUAUAUUGUCUUGGGUUCUGGACAUGCCAUUUGUACUGCAAUGAGACUGGCCUUGUCCAGCCUGCCAGCCAGCCUCUGUGUAGCCAAAAAGAGCAUUUAAGAGUCUGUAGCUAUCCAAAGGACUGUUAUCCAAAGGACUGUUAAAAGCUGUUUAGAGAUAAAUCAGAAGAUGUAUGUGAGCAAUGGAUGGUAAAGCUGGAAAUUCAGAUCCAACUCUGAAUAUUUACUUUAAAAAAAAAAAAUCAGAAAAAUCUGAAUCUCCCCCUGUUCUGCAGAUCUGCAUUCCCACUGAGUCCUUAGGGGAAGGCUGCAGUGAGACGAGGACCUGAAAUACUUCACUGGCUUGACAGAAGUGUUUUGCGAUGGAGAUCUGGGGGAGCCUUACCCCUUUCACCUAGAUUUGGCACUUAAUUUAAAGAUGGGAAUGGAUGGGGUAACUAAAGCCAUGCUUGCGUUUCAGUUCCUUGUGUUGCCUGUACAAGACACCUCCAGCCAGAUGUUUUGGGGUUUGUGGGGUUUUUUUUACAGCUGAUAUCAAAAGUAUUUUUUGUGACUUGUUUUUGUUAUCAGUGCUUUUUAAAAAGCAGGUGUGUAUCCCAUGGGGGAAGAAAGCUCCAUCUGGGGCAAUGGAUGUGAAGUUCAUCUUUAUCUGGCCAUGUUGCAGCACUGCUCCUGUGAGAUGCUUAACUGCACAGGCAGACUGUGGCACCCACGAGGGGUGGGAGAGUGUCCUGGUCGUGCUGAGGAGGCUGCUGCUCACCAGGGGAGACGGCAAAUAUGAGCAUCCGAGGAGCAGGACCUGCAUUUCCACAUCAAAUGGGAUACAGUGGUUUUGGUUUUUUUAAUAUGGAGCCAUACAUUUUUUAAGUAAUUUGAGAUCUGAAUGUGAUUUCUAAUGUAUCAAGAACGUUAAUAUUUUAAAGCUAUAACAAAGUUUUAAAUUUCUACUAUUUUUUUUUUUCAUUUAUUUUAACUGUUCUGUUCUGUUACCUUAAUUUGAUGUAUGUGGUUGGGGAAUGUUGCUUCUCCUCUUAGCAUUUGUUUCUAUAACCAGAAAUAAAAUUAUAUAUGAAAGAGAAAAUUCCCUGAAA